ACUCCCAAUAAAAUAAUUUUUCUUAUAUUAAUACUCUAUAUAUGUAGAGCAUCAGCAAGAUCAUUUCUUGGGAUAUGCAGCAACGAAACAAAUACAGCAUGGAAUCCAUACAAAGCGGAAGACUUGGAUCUCUCAAAGAACAACGUUAAACCCUUUUUCUUCCGUUAUUUUACUAUUUACGAGUUUACAUCUAGCUGCUUUCACUCAGUUCACAAAAACUACGGAAAGACGAGGAGGCCAAAGCAAAUUGAGAAGUUCAAAAUCGACUCGAGGGGCAUAUUGACGUCGUCUAAAUACACAGCCAGUCGCUGGAAUUAUUGUCUCGGCGAGGCAGACGUGAAGGGGAAACCAAAAACAGUGGCCAUGUAUUGUGAUCCAAGUGAAUUCGUCGUCUCCUUUGACGAAGCCUACACACAAAGCGUGUUGGCUGGAAUCGGAGCAGCCUUUACUCUUUUUACCCUUGUUAUUCACGUCGCGGUCAAAGACCUUCGACAGGGUAUCAAGGGGCUUAGCCUGAUCGCCCACUGCGCUUGUAUGCUGGGUGCCUAUCUUACAAUGGCCUUCCGCCCAUUGGCCUGGGCUGACGAUGGAAAUACCUGCACCAUCUUAGGAGUUUUCACACAUUUCUUCCUACUCUCUGCUUUUUAUUGGCUCAACGUGAGGGCAAUUAUAAUUUACGCAACUUUCAGAUCAUGGAACUCGAUGCUGAGUGGCCUGUCUCUCUCAACAAGCAGUUUUCCGCUGUACGCGUUAUAUGCUCUGGGGGUGCCUGCACUUGUUUCAGGUUUCAUGGCGUGGGUGCAGUUCGCGUCCGAGGACGACCUUCCAUACUGGAUCGUGUGGCCAGAUUUGGACGAAGCUGCCUGCUGGUUUAGAUCGCCUGUGGGUCGUGCAGUUUAUUCUUCGCUGCCUAUGGGAAUUGUUUUGACUUUGAACAUUAUUAUGUUCGUUAUAACUCUGGCUAAAAUAAUUUCAUUUAGAAAAGAAAACGCGAGUAUUCUUAAGACGGAGAACAGCGCGAACACGGCUAAAGAAUCUUUGAAAUUUGAUAUGGAAAGGCUGAAGCUCUUUGCGAAACUCUCCCUUUUGAUGGGUCUCACAUACAUUUCGGAAUUCGUUUCUUGGGUGAAUUAUUUAUUUGCGUACUACUGGUAUGCAUCUAAUAUAGCUAUCGCUUUGAGGGCCGUACUCGUUUUUAUCGUUUUCUGCUGCAAGAGAAAGGUGUGGAUCUCCAUGAAACAGCAGUACCCCGUUGUUAAAACUAUUCACAGCAGAAUCUUAAGAUUCUCUGCCGCAAUGAAGUUGCUGUGUUGCCAAAGACGGCAAUUUGAGUCCUCAAAACUGAAAGAAAAUGAAAGUGCAACGCAGUCAACUGGAGGCAGUGGAGAGAAACCAUCGGAUGAAAAUUUUGAAAUAAUGUAAUCUAAAUAUUUUCGCCUAAUUCAUACUUGAAAAAUUCAAUUAUUUUUUAAUUUAGAUUUUGUUGUACAAUAGGUCCCGCAGGUUGGUGUUUAAAAUGUUCAAAUUUUGUUGUUAAUUUAAUAAAAAAAAAUCUAUCAAAUGGGUGCAAUAUUGAAAAGUUA